AUGGCGACUCAUCUGUUUCUCAAAACGAAAACCAACCUCCAGACGGAAUCUUCCCCUCCAUUUAGUCAAGAAAUGACAAAAGCAAUGCAUGUUUCCAGCAAUUCCACCAUCUGGGAUGCCGUUAACGGUAGUGCAGGUGGCGGAGGUGGUGGUGGUGGUGGUGGUGGUGCAACUACUUCUUUUCUUCCUGUAAAUUUUCUUGAAACCUCCUCACAAGAUUCAAGAUUGGUGAACCUAAGCCUGGUUAUGAAUAAAACCGAACCAGAAACCGAUUGGGCUAGACUCAGUGAAGAACUCAUGAACCAUGGUUCGAAGGGUUUAGGUGACUACCGGCUCGGUGGCUCGAAGGCUCAACCGGGGAUACGAAAUGACAAUCCUACCCCUUGGAGGAUGAAAAGUUUUGCAAAAAAGACGAAGUUUAGAGGGGUAAGACAACGACAUUGGGGGAAAUGGGUGGCAGAAAUCCGAUUACCAAGAAACCGGAUGCGGGUUUGGCUUGGGACGUUUAAAACAGCUGAAGAAGCUGCGUUUGCAUAUGAUACAGCUGCGUAUAUUUUACGUGGCGAUUUUGCAAAUUUAAAUUUCCCGAAUUUAAAGAACCAAUUAAGGGCGAAUUCGGCCAAUGGUAACACUGCAGCCCUUCUACACGCCAAGUUACAAGGGAUGUCAAUGGCGGGUGAUGGUGUAGCGCCACCAGUGCCGGAGGUGGGUUCGCCGGAAAAAGAUAGGUCGGAAGGUGGAUCUGAGGUCGUUUUUGAUAAGAACAAGAAAGUGUUAGAAUCUAUAUCAUCCGAUGUUGUUGACGGGGUUCAGCUUAGCAAGAUGCCUUCUUUAGACAUGGAUAUGAUAUGGGAUUCGCUUCUUGAUUUGGAUUCCUGA